AUGUCGACGCUGCAGUACUUUCUCUCUUUCUUGGUUUCUUUUUCGAGCAUUCUGAUCCCAAUUAUUUGCCAUGAAUUUGAUCACCUACAGCCCAACAAUCAUGUUGCCUUUUUCAUCUUUGGAGAUUCACUCUUUGAUGCUGGAAUGAAUAACUACAUCAACACCACUACCGAUUAUCAAGCAAAUUUCUGGCCUUACGGUGAAACUUUCUCCAACUACCCUACCGGAAGGUUUUCCAACGGGCGUUUAAUGCCGGAUUUUAUAGCUGAGUAUGCAAAGUUACCAUUGAUUCCAACAUAUUUACCAUACAACAAUCAGCCAUUUGUUCAUGGGGUCAACUUUGCAUCCGGGGGAGCUGGUGCUCUAGUUGAAAGUCAUCGGGGAUAUGUUGUAGACCUUGAAACUCAGCUGAGUUAUUUCAAUAUUGUGGAGAAGAAGUUGAAGCAGAAACUAGGUGACGCAGAAGCCAAAACAUUGCUAUCCAAAUCUGUUUACCUCUUCAGUGUUGGAGGCAAUGACUACCUCGUCCUUUUCAACUCAAACUCAACUUACAAAUCUGUGCUUCAAUCCUACAAGUCUAAGAAAGAAUAUGUUGGAAUGGUGAUUGGCAACCUCACAAGCACAAUCAAAGAAAUAUAUAAGAAAGGAGGAAGAAAAUUUGCGUUUGUGAAUUCGGCGCCUUUAGGUUGUCUUCCAGGAGUGAAAAUACUUGUACCAGGGAACUCAGGAUCCUGCCUGGAGGCUGCUUUAGAGAUGGCAAGAUUACACAACAAAGAACUUCAUAAAGCCCUCCAGGAGCUAGAGAGACAACUAGAAGGAUUCAAAUACGCGAAUCACGAUUUGUACAGUUCUUUAGGUGAAAGAAUCAACAACCCUUCAAGAUAUGGUUUUAAGGAGGCUACAGCAUGUUGUGGAAUUGGUCCUGGAAGAGGCAACUAUACCUGUGGGGGUAAGAGAGCAAAUAAAGAGUAUCAAUUAUGUGAGGAUCCUGGUGAAUAUUUAUUAUUUGACUCUUAUCAUCCCUCUGAGAAGGCCUACCGACAAAUUGCAGAAUUAAUGUGGAGUGGAACCCCAAGUGUGAUAGGGCCUUAUAAUCUUAAGAAACUGUUCGAGCUCAUAUAACUGAAUUAGUGUACUUUUUCAAAGCAAUUAGGUUCAUUGAAUAUUGAAUAAGUUUGGAAGAUUAUUGGAUAAUGAUUGUAAUAAAUCAGUUGUUUAAUUUGAGCAUUAUCAGCAAUGGGGUCAGCACUGAUCUGUUGAUGAUGACAGCAAUAAUAGAGAGUUUAAUUAUAAAAUAAUAACACAGUUUAAUUUGAGCUUUGUUUUCCUAUUUUCGCAUAGA